AUGAAUAUAUCACGAGUAUCGAUAAUGACAUUUAAUAUGUGUAAAACAGAAGGUUUUCCUAUUAACUGGCCACAACGGCGUUUACCUAUUAUUGAAUGUAUGACAGCAUUUACUCCUGAUAUUCUCUGUAUACAAGAAUUACAUCCAUUAUUACAUGAUGCUCUUGUUGAAGCAUUACCUAAACAUAUAUUUGUACAAGACGAUUUUGAGGGUUGGCAACAAGAAGGUAAUAUUUAUUGGAAUUCUGACAUGUUUAAUAUGUUAGAUUAUGGAAUCGUUGAUAUUGGUAUAAUGGAACCAUUGCGACGUUUAUUUUGGGUACGAUUAGCGAUUAAAUUGUCCUCAAAUGAAACGAAAGAGCAAAGUCAAUUGAAUACAAAAGAAAUACUCGUAACAACAGCACAUUAUACCUGGGAAGGCCAUGAAGAAGAACGCAAAACAGAUAUCAAUCUACGUAAACAACAAACACGCCGUACUGUAGCUGCAUUAGAAGAUUUAACAGCUAAAAUUAAUAAUCCUCAAUUAGCUGUUUUAUUUAUGGGUGAUUUAAAUGAAAAUUAUCAUCCAAGACGAAUCUUACGUGAAGCUGGAUAUGUUGAUUGUUUUGCUGAAUUACGAUUACCGACACCAAUUACUCAUCCUCAACGUCCUGCUGAACCUAAAGAAGAUAUUCAAGUGGGUACAACAUUAGAUUGGAUAAUGCAAAAUAAAUAUGCUCGUCCUAUCUUAGCAAAUGCACUACUUAAUAUAUUUACUACUGGAGGAUAUUCUGUAUCAGAUCAUUGUCCAGUCAUGUGUAUCUACGAAAUUGGUGCAGGUCCAUACAUUUCAAAUGCAAAGCAAGAUUUUUGUGGAAAAAAUCUUAUCAAAUGGAAUUAA